ACCGAAGUGCUAUGAAACAUGUGGAUUCACAUUGCCUUUGAGCAGGGGGUUUUGUGGCGCAUUUUUGUGCUGCUUUCUUUGACUGGUGGACAAGCUUAUGGAGCUUCUUUCUAUGGGGAUGGUUUUGUGCAUUUGAAAACAGUUGGGUUGUCCAGUCAAACGUCUUUCCAUGUACGAUUCCGAACCUCUGGACCCAGUGGCCUGCUUUUUUUGGCAGCUGGAGAGACGGACUUUCUCUGGAUGGGACUGCAUUCUGGCAGAGCACAGGUGCGGAUUGAUCUUGGAUCUGGGGAACGGACGGUUCGUUCUGAGAAGGGUAUCCCCUUGAAUGAUCUCACCUGGCAUACAGUAGAACUUCAACAUGACCUUGCCAACAUCACCCUGACUGUGGACAAAAACUCUAUAACAACUGUUAAGAUGCCAGGACCUGAUCUUGAACUGGAAGUCCAAGAUGGGCUUUUUGUUGGUGGUGUUGGAGAUCUGGAAAAACCCUACCUCUCAGCAGAUAAAACAUCCUCUGGCUUUCGGGGGUGUGUAGAUGAGGUUUUGUUCAAUGAGCAUAACCUUCUAUCCUCCCUUAGGCCUUACUCUGGAUACAAAAUGAUUCAUGAAGUGUCACUUGGUUGCAGCCCAGAGUUUUCAGCCACUGUUAACAAUUCAAUAAGUUUUUUCAGCUCCAAAGCAUACAUGUCGCUGCCAGCAUGGGACGUACCCCAAGAGGGUGUAUUUGAAUGUGAAUUGCAUACAGUGAAUUCAGAGGGGAUCCUUUUAUACAGCUCUGCAGGACAAAGUGACUUUAUUGCCCUGGAGAUCCAAAAGGGUCACCUUGUUGCUAUCCUUAAAAUAGGUGCAACUAAGACAGUAUUGCGUUCCUUGAUGGUCGUCAAUGAUGGGACAUGGCACAUUUUGCGGCUUUAUUUGUCUCCUCUGAAUCUUCAGUUUACUCUGGGUUUGGAGAUGCACAAUUCUAGCUUUGGGAUAAAUGCCAGUGCACUACAGUUUACUGGGCCUCUGUACUUAGGUGGGGUUGAUAUCAGCACUUACACAGAAAUACACAAGAAUGGUUUGCUCUCUAUGGUAGGCAAGCGAAUUGGAGGAGGGUCGUUUAAAGGCUGUCUUCGAAAUAUCCGAGUUAAUUACCAAAGGAUGGGCCUUCCAAAAGCGUUGGUCACCAAGGAUAUUUCUGUUGGUUGUGAACCAGACAAAGGGCUUGGACCCAGUACCACAAGUCCGUCAAUUAUUACUAUGGAUUAUGAAAAUUUGACAGAUGUCCUACCUGAGCUGGAGAAGAAAAAUGUCCUUUUACUCAAGGAUUUGGAGGUUCUUGAAGGCGGACGAGCACCACUUGAGUCUAAACAUAUAAAGAUUAACCUAGAGUUCCGUAAGCUUGGGAUCCAACAUUCACAGGUCAUGUUACGCAUUGAAGAGCAACCAGUACAUGGGCAACUCAGACUGGAUGUUGACCCUAAUCUGGGUGAGAACACCUUCAAUAUGCUGGACCUCUUGCAUCGAAGGGUAAUGUAUGUCCAUGGAGGAUCUGAGGACCUACAUGAUUUUUUCAUGUUUUCCAUCUUCACCAGCAGCAAAAAGGAAGUGCCUAGCUAUCUCAGAGGGAACCGUCUGCACAGAUUUAACAUCAGUAUCACACCCGUCAAUGACGCUCCUGAACUUAGCCUUCCUGAGGGCAGUCUCUUCAUUCUGCUGGAGAACUCAAGACGUCGUUUGAGCACAGAUGUUCUCAGGGCCAUCGACCCUGACACUAACUCAACAGACCUGAUGUUCACAGUGCUUGGAAACCUGAAUGCUGACUCAGGUUUUCUAGAAAUAGAAGAACACCCAGGCCGGGCAGUGACCUCAUUUUCCCAAAGCGAUCUAGAGCAACAUAAAGUGAAUUAUGUCCACAGAGGUGUCAAGAACUCCAGAAUGGCUGUUAGGGUGAGUGAUGGGGACAAGGUAAGCAACACUGUGGUACUCAGGAUCAUCGCUGUUCCCUUAGAACACAAGAUUGCCAAUAACACCGGAGUAGAGGUAACGCAAGGUGAAGCAACCUUUAUUAGUAAUAAACAUCUUGCUGUACAAGUGAAUGUCCCUAAACAAGCAGUGGAUAUUCGCUAUGACGUCACAGUGCCACCAAUCUAUGGUGAGCUGCAAAGGCUGCAUUCAAGUGGGCAGUGGAAGCAAACAGGCACAUUCACGCAGAAACUUCUGGAAAAGGAGCGUCUUCGAUAUCUUAGCACUUUCCAUGGUACGCAGCAAAGUAACGUCACAGACAGUUUAAAAUGCAAAGUCACAGUCGGUUCAGUCAUUACAGAUGAGUUGUUGUUUUUGAUUAGAGUACGCUGGAUACGUUACAGAAUAACCAGAAAUAAGGUAGUGAUAGAUGGUGAACACAAAGUCACAUUGACACCUCAAGAAUUCCAUGUUGUCACCAAAGGUGCGAGACUUUCAGAAAACGACCUUCACAUUCGUUUGUUGACAUUACCAAGGAGAGGAAAUCUUCUUCUUGAUAAUAAGAUUUUAAAAAAGAACUCUACCUUUAGCCAAGAUGACAUUACUAAUCGCAAGUUGCAAUAUGGGCUCCUAGAAAGGCCAAAGGAUGAUACAAGGGACAUGUUUCACUUUCAUGUAUUCUCGAAAUUUGCCAUGUCAGGGAUUCAUGAGUUCAGAAUCAGCAUCAAAGCAGAUAUUCAUUACAUAAUUUUAAGAAAUCAUGGACUUUCUCUCUUGGAAGGGGAGAGCAAGGUCAUUACUAAGACAAUGCUUUUCUCAGAGACACCCAGCUCCAGAGCAGUACACUACACUGUCACCAGCAGCCCUAAACAUGGGAUAUUGAAGAAAAUAAACCUCUCUAAUUCCUCUUCCAGCAAUGACAGCAUAAUAGAGUUCACCAAUCAGGACAUUUUGGAGGAACGCAUCUUGUAUGUCCAUGAUGAUAGUGAAACCGCACAUGAUGCAUUUACAUUCCAGGCCUCUUUUGGCUCUCUGAAAAGUAAAACCCCAGGCACGGAGGGCACAUUUAAUAUUUCCAUCCAGUUGGUCAAUGACGAGAAACCCGUCCGUGUUGUGGAUAAAGUUUUCCAUGUGGUGCGUGACAGCCAACGGUUACUUACACUGGAAGACUUGUGCUACCAUGAUGCUGACACAGACUUUGAUGACAAAGAUUUGCUUUACACCAGACGAAAGAUCCCCAUGGGUGAGUUAGUCCUGGUAAAUGACACCACACACAAGCUUUAUCAAUUCCGUCAGAAGGACUUAGAAGAGAAGAGAGUGUUGUUCAUUCACAAAGGGGUGAGUUUAGGCCGCUGUGUCCUCUUUAUAUCAGAUGGCAAGCACUAUACCUCAACACUACUUGAAGUGUCAGCCCAGAAUCCAUAUGUUAAGGUGGCCAACAACACAGGUAUUUUGGUCCAGAAAGGCCAGGUGGCCAUUUUAAAAGUUGCUAAUUUCAGUAUUUCCACUAAUAUGGAUGUCAGGCAUGAUGAAGAAGUGGUCUUUGAGGUUUUUCUACCACCAAGCCAUGGGACUCUUCAAUGCAAUGGUGUUAAGGCAAAUACAUUCACACAACAUGACUUGAAGAUGGGUCAUGUAACGUAUCAUCAUGAUGACAGCGAAACACAGGAGGACUUUUUUAACUUCACCUGUAAGGUGAAAAGCCUGCAUCUGGAUGUAAGUGUGUCAGUUAGGGUGUACCUUGAGAGUUAUCAGCAGCCUCCAAAGGUCAUUCACAAUAACCCAAUCUUGGUGGAGGAAGUAAAACCUGUCAAAAUCCACAAAGACGUUCUCCAGGUUAUUCACGAGGAUAACAAACCUUAUGAGAUUGUGUAUACUGUGAAGAUGGCACCCACUCAUGGUUUUCUGCGGAUAUCUAAGGUAGAAGAAGUUCAUUACCAUGGCAGUAAGGAGAAUCCCAUUCAAAGCUUUUCACAGGAUGAUAUCAAUAAAGGGCAUAUUCAGUAUGUUCAAACAGACCAUGGAUAUAUUAAUGACUCUUUCUCACUUGACGUAACCAAUGGCGUUCAAACAAUCCAUGAUCUUGUAGUCGUUGUGGAUAUUAUCCCCUUGCACAUCCCUCUAGAGGUGUCUAAUAUGACCCUGAUUGAGGGUUCUUCUAAAGCUCUCAGUCAGGACAUCCUCAAAGUUGUUAACCAACACUUUGAUGGACUCCAAAUCUUCUAUCUUGUAACCGAGGGGCCUCAUCAUGGCCGGAUUGAACACUCAAGGAUCCCUGGUGUUCCCAUUCCUUCUUUCACAAGGGCUCAAGCUGAACAGGGGUUCAUAUUCUAUGUCCAUGACGGAAGUGAGACCAUGGCAGAUAAUUUUACAGUCGUGGCCAAUGAUACAGAUAUAAGGAAGCAAAGCUUGCCCUUUGUGAUUUAUGUCAAUGUAACUCCCAUAAAUGACGAACCUCCAGUUGUAACUGUCAACAGGAUCUUCAAGGUGUGGGAAGGUGCUGUGACAGAGAUAACCACUGAGGACCUCAGUGCUGAGGAUCCAGAUUCUCCUCCUGAGAGCCUAGACUUCAUCAUCACCCCACCUAGUAAUGGGCAUCUAGCCCUGAAGAGCGCCCCCUCCAGGCCUGUUCUGAACUUCACCCAAGAGCAUAUUAAUCAUGGCCAGCUGGUCUUUGUACAUAGUGGUGCCUUGUCAGGAGGAUUUCACUUUCAAGUCAAUGAUGGAGUGAACUUUGCUCCAAGGAAAAUCUUCAGUGUCACAGCCCAAUCGCUGGUCAUCAGCUUAAUGAAAAAUCAAGAACUUAAAGUUUUCCCAGGUUCUUCAAAGUUAAUUUCUGAAGAUGAGCUGCUGAUAAUCACAAAUGACUAUGAUGAUAUUUAUGGGAAUCGCACCAUCACCUACACCGUGACCUCACCUCCAAAAUUCGGAAGCCUAAUGUGGAAACAAGCAGAAAAUUCUACACAAGAAAUCUCCUCUUUCACCCAAAACAUGGUGAAGGAACGUGCUGUGCUGUAUGCACAGACUAAACCUGUUGCCUGGACCGCUACAGAUUCCUUCACCUUCACUGCAUCAUGCCCCCCAGCAUCCCUCCAUGCUCACACCUUUAAUAUCCACAUCUCUUAUGAAAAUAUUGGCCCGGAGCAUAGGAGUGCACUCUUUACAAAUACUGGGGCUGUCGUCGCUGAGGGUAGUAGUGUUCUCGUAGAUAAAUCAAAAUUGGAUGCCUCCAACCUUUUGGGAAAGUUAGAAGAAGAGGAACGUAAUUUCUAUGAGGUCUGGUACGAAAUCACCUCUCCACCCCUCCACGGCACUAUUGUUGUAGGUGAAAAGAACCUGACACAUGAAAGACUAAAGUUCUCCCAAUUCAAUCUCCACAAGCAUGGAGUUAUUUAUGUACAUGAUGAUUCUGAGACCACUCAUGAUAACUUCACUUUUGACGUGUGGCUAAACCCCAAAGGAAAGCUUGCUCAACGACCCCAGAAUGCAGACCAUAUAGUAUCAGGAAUAUUUAAUAUUACCGUGACCCCUGUUAAUGACCGGCCUCCUGUGCUCAAGACGGGAUCCCCUAGACUCAAAGUGGUCAAAGGGGACACUGUGACCUUGGACACUGCGAACCUUUAUGUGGAGGACCAAGACACUCCACCUGAGGAGCUUUAUUAUACGGUAAUCAGCAAGCCCAAAAAUGGCUUCCUUGCUUUGGAAGGUCAACUCAAUAAGUCUGCUACUACUUUUACCCAGGCUGAUGUAAAUCAAGGAAGGGUGCACUUUGUACAAAAUGGGGAACCCUCAUCAGGGGUCAUCUACUUCAGUAUAACUGAUGGAUUCCACAGACCACUCUACAAGCUCUUUAGUGUAGAGGUAGAGAAUAUCACUAUCAGUGUGGUCAACAACACCGGACUGACUCUGUUGCAAGGUCAGACCAUAGUGACUCUGACAUUCGAACAUCUGGCUGCAGUGACCAAUGAGAAAGAUGCAUCCAUUAAGUAUUUAGUUACAGGCCCACCAAGUCAUGGGUGUGUCAUGGUUAUGGAAGAGCCGGUCACAUACUUUGACCAAGAGGACCUUCACACUGGUAGAUUAUUUUAUAACAUGACUGACCUGUCGUCCUCUCAAGACAGCUUUGAGUUCACAGUCUUCACAUCUGAGAGUAACCUGACCAACCAGGUGGUAAACAUCACAGUCAGGCCACUGAUCCACCUUGGAGAGCAUGUUAGGAUCCCAGAUGGUAUCCCAGUGAAGCUAAGAAAGGACGUCCUUGAUGCAACAGAAUUGGCCUCCCUUAGUGCUAGCGAUCCCAUCUUUGAAAUCCUUAAGCCGCCAAAACAUGGCAAGCUAGUCAAAGUGACAUUUGACCUUGGAGGAGCCUCUCACUCGGUGGAGUCCUUCACAUUCAGGGAUGUGGAACAGGGCAGAGUUGCUAUAGAGGAAAACAUCAAUUUCCAAACCAUUUAUGGCAACACAACAGCGGCCAGGUACAAUGUCACAGCAGUCCAUCCACUUAAUGACUCAUUUGUUUUCCUUUUGAAGGCAGCCAAUGUCCAGCCUGCCAUGGGUGAAUUUGUGUAUUUAGUAAUACCUUAUGACCCCAUUACAGGGAAACAUAUGCUUAUAGAGCCGACCAAGUUGCCGACUUUCAACAGAACAACAAAUGCGAUGUCCCCCAUGUACCCUCCAUCUCACUUAGAUCCAACAACAAGACCACACAGGACCGCUUCAAAGCUGAAACCCCGAAACCGCUGGGGGAACCACACACGAAGCAGAUCAACGGUUCCUCAUGUCCCCCGUACCACGAUGGGCAAGUUGGACCCCUCCCCAAAAAAUACGUUAGUGAGGGUGGAGUCUUUACCAAGACCUGCAUCUGAUCCCCUGCUCAUCAUCCUGCCACUUCUGGCCUGCCUUCUUCUGAUUGUCAUUCUUGUGGUUCUUAUUCUUGUCUUCCGGCACCGGAGGGAAAAGCGGGCCCACCCCGCAAUCAUACAGGCUUUGACUGGGAACCCCGAUGAAGAUAUUUUAGCCAGAUGCCCAUAUCUGGGUCAACCUGAGAGAAGUCUCACUGUUCCUUCGGUUAUAGUAACCCCACUCACUCCAAGCUGCCCUGACAGCCCCGUUUUAGAGGAAGUACAUGAUGCAGCCUUGGUGCCAGCGAUUGAAAGAGCUGUGUCUCCAUUUGUCCUUUGCACAUGGAGUCCACUUGACCCUGAUUCUGCCCAGCGGUGUACACCAGCAACACCACCCCUUAAACAAAACCAGUUCUGGGUUUGAUUCAACUCUUUUUAUCACAUCCAGAUGUUGCUUGGACCAAUUUUUGUGAACUAUCAUUGUGCAUGACCAUCAUCAGAGCCAACUCUUAGCGUUACCUGGCAGAAGAAAGUAUGUUUUUAAGUUUCAUCCCAUACACUGAGAAACUGAGAACUUAAAAUGUUGUUGCCGUUUGGAUUUUGACCUUACAGACUGAAGGUGACUUGGCUUGGAGUCAAGGGAAAGAUCGCCAAAUAAUUGUAAUUUUAACACGUUUAUUUUAUGUUAGUCCAAUUUCUGUCCUGCCACAGCUUAGAUCUUUUUGUAGUUUUGAUGUUUUGUUACUUACUAAACAAAGAAUAGUCACCAAUUCUUUGUUAUUACAAGGUCUGAAAGUUUUGCAGUAAUAUUUACCUAUAUGGAAUGUCAUCUUUUUUUGUGUGCAAAAAUUGAACCUUUAGCUUGUCACUGGCUCAGUAGUACCCUCAAAGGUACACUUCUGUACCUUCUCUAACACUAUUAGCAGUUAGCACAUUGAGGUACUACAUGUAUCCUUUAGAGGUACAUAAGAUAUAAUCGUGCACCUUUGAGGAUGCUAACCCAGUGAUGAGCUAUGGGUUUUUGCACAUUUGUGUGUUACAGAUAGAAUGAAUGAACAUGGUUAAAAGAGUUCACAGACUGCAGUAUGAAAUGAAUGUUAUAAAUUUAGAUCCUUUGCCACAUUUUAGAGGACAAAAUAACACAAGUUUUUACAUCCAGUCUUCUUGGUUUUAUUAAAUACGGACAUUUAACUAUUCUACUUAGGCCUUCAUGUAGUAAAAAUAAGGGCUUUCACACCAGGUAGUUAGGAACUCAGUUAUAGGAACUAGCCAUCAUGGCUGACCUUGAGAACCAAAUGUUCCCCUAAGACCAUUUUCCUAUUGCAUUCGCUAGUAGGAACUUUGAAGUGACGUGAAAUGGAUUUUUUAAAGUUAUGUGAUUAAAAGAGCAAAAAGGAGAGCUAAAAGACAAAAUCUACGACAACUUGCAGUGCUAGAUAUCAUUGAGGCUGUGAAUAGAAUACAAUACCGCAAACAAAGGCUGUUGACAUUAACUUUCGGUAUGUUUAUGUUCCUUUAUGUAUGCUAGAUUGUGGAGUAAGUUACAAAUGGCGGGUGCCAGUGUUUCGUAUGGCAUUGGGUUCGUCAACUUACCUACACUUGAUCUCUGUCUAGUUCCUAUUGUGCUGGGUUAUAAAAUUGUUCCCAAUUCCUGCGGUGCAAACUCGACAAAAAGCAGGUACUUCUGCCAAUAGUUAUAGGAACUAUGAAAAUUUUCCUCUAGUGUGAAAGCCCCUAAUAGUUUAUUUCUUAUGUCAUUGUACCUAAUACAGUAUUGUUAUUAUUUAGGCCUACCGGUAAGUAGAAGAGGGAAUGUAAUUUCGGUAACAUCAAUUAGUAUACAGUAAAAAAGUGCUAACAAAUCAUUUACAAACUAUUAUAGUUCAUUUAUUGUUUAUAUAUUAUAGUCUAUAUAUUGUUAAUAUAUUAAUAACCUAUAUACAAAUAGCAAGUUCUUCACAGUUCUCCCCCCCCCCCCCCCCCUCAAAAUUAACAAAAUUUAAACGAUUUUAAAUAAAUCUUUUUCACGGGAAAUUGUAUACGUCACUCGCCCAUGUAUCUCUUGUCAUAUCCAUAAAUAGAGAAAAGUUGCUCUGGCUACUUUGGUGCAUGUAUAGUGUGGGAGUGGCAUAGGUUUUCAGAGAUGUUGAGAACUGAGGGAUUUUAAAGCGUUUGAUUACAGAAACAAUGCAUGAAGAAGAACUCACUACUUGUUUAUAGGCUAUAAAUACUGUAUAGUAACAAUGUAGAGACUAUACAUAUAUAAACUGAGAAUUAACUAUAUAUGAGUACUUUAUUACUGCAUACUCCAAUAACCAAAUGUCAUUUUUUUAAUAUUUCAUUUCUAAAUGGUUUUCCAAAAACACUAUAAAACCAUAGCAUUAUGCUGUACCUUAAUGCCUUAUGUUUAUUCAUAUUUGCUGUAGACAAAGUCUGUCAGAUUGGCAUGUAAUGAGAGAACUGAAACUACUCAAAGGUAAAUUUUAGAGAAGUGUCUGAAUAUGAUAAUAGUAU